CGACCUCGACAGCAAUUCCUGCAGUUCGAAUCGCACCUCAGUCUGAGAAGCACAAAUUCCAUUCAUUUACCACAAGGAAUACUUUGGACCAUCUUCCUCAUAAUGGCGUCACCAAUUGAAUUGUCGACCGAAGAUAAAUUGGAAUACAACUUCCUGCCCAACAGCAGCGGGGUUGUACAGUUCCGCGUGAGGGCUGCCAACGAUGCGCAUGUGGCGUUGACCACCGGCGCCGCCGAGUCUGAUCCCAUGUAUGAGGUCUUCAUCGGCGGAUGGAAUAACCAGAAAUCUGUUAUCCGCAAGAACCGCAGCAAACCGGACGUCGUCGAAGUUGAGACCCCGAACAUUCUGAGCGGAGGUGAGUUCAGAGGAUUCUGGGUGCGUUGGAACAAUGGCACCAUCUCCGUCGGAAAGGAGGGCGAAAGCGCACAGUUCAUGAGCUGGACCGACAGCGAGCAUGUGCCCAUCGCCUACGUCGGCGUCUGCACCGGUUGGGGUGCCAAUGGUUCAUGGAUCAUUGAGCAACCACAGGAGACGGCAGCUUGCGGCACCAUGUGCUGGGUGGCAGCAAGCGACGGCUCCGUCCCACCGAGCGCCUUCCCCGCCGGCGAAGACAACGGAGAGACCAUGUACAUUUCUAGGGGUCAGUUCCAGGGCGGACUCAUUCCCGGCAAGCUGAUCUCCUCCCAUGGCGCCGCUUACAUCGCCUGGGGCGGUGAGGAGCACGCCAUCAAGGACUACGAGGUCCUGUGCGACUUCAACGGCACCUGGUGCGCAACUACUGCAAACGACAUCCCGUCCAACGCUGUCGCCGCAGGACAGAGCGAAGAAGGCGAGACCCUCUACGUCGGUCGCGUCAACCAUGAAGGUUGUUUGACCAUUGGCAAGGUCCAACCAUCCCACUCCACCUGCUACAUCCCAUAUGGAGGACAGGAACUUUCCUUCGGCGAUUACGAAAUCCUCGUCAACUAGACGAAACAAUCGCACGAAGACGAUGCAGCAAGAUAUUGAACACGUAAAACGCAUUGGCAUGCUUUCGUUCUAAGCUCUUAGCAAACCAGUCGGAACACGCAAAGCUUACCAAAAAGAACAACAACAAAAUAGAAACAAGCUUUUAUGAAAAUCGGAAGUAUGUUAAUGUUAUUUCAUUUUUUAUAUAUCUUACGUACAAGACAUGUUAAUAACUGUAAAAAUAAUUUAUUUAUUUACACACUUAA